GUCCCCGCGCCGGCGGAGGCGCCGCCAGGGGACAAGCGGGCGGGGCCGAAGCCGCACGCGCAGCCGCAGUCGCCGCCGUCGCAGCCCGCGCCGCGGCGCGCGGCACCGCCCCUACCACGCGCAGCCGGCGGACAGGCGGACCGGCCCCACUCCUGGCCCGCCGGAGGCCGGGCGCCCCUGCGAGCGGGCGCUCUGGGCGCGCGCGCCGGCCGCGGAGCCGGAGGCACCGCCGGAGCAGCCGGGGCGGAGCCGGAGCUGAGCAGCAGCUCCUACGAGCGCCCAUCCUCGGACGUCGACGCGGACGCGCCACUCCCGGCAGCUGCAGGGGCAUCUGCUCCGGCAGCGACUCCGCCAAUGGUGGCAGCUGCGGGGGGCGCCAGGAGCGCUGGCGGCGCCCUCGCCGUGCCGCCCGCGGCGCUCCACCGGCCCCAGCGGAGGAGCGACGGGAACGGAGGCCCCGCCUGCCGGCGGCGCCAGCGGCGCAGCAGGCCCCGGCCCCCUUGGAAGGGCAACGGGCGGCGCCGGCGCCGAGCCGCUCCGCGGUGCGUCGCGGCAGUGGAGCUGGACAGGGGAGAGCACCCAAUCGAGUCGGAGUACGGAGCCGAUUGGGCCCGGGCGGUGCAAACCCCUGACUCGCGGUCGGCUUGGGCCGACCUGCUCGAGGACGCAGCUGGCAGCGAGGGCUCCGAAGGCGGCCACUGGGCGGGCAGGCGGGAGGGCGACGGUCUGGAGGACGACGGCAUCGGCAGGGACGAGUUCCUGCAGGCGCUGCGCUUUUGCCUGGACAGCUCGGCUGGAUGGCGGCGCGCGGGCUCGCGCCGGCGCUCCAUGUGA